AUGUUGGGGUCGAGCCUUUCCCUCGUCCUCCUCGGCCUCGGCGCCGUGCAGGCGGCUCCGACAAAGACCACGAAUGAGCCGCGGCAGGGCGGCGGCGUCUGGGGCAUCGGCGACCCCUCGACCACCAUGUGGCCCGGCGACCAGAAGCCGCCCGUCGGCUGCAACCCCUUCCUGUGGGCCUACUGGGGCGAGUGCAUCCGCGUCGGCGGCGGGUCCUCGUUCAAGCCCGGCAAGCGCCAGGUCUUCACCCUGCCUCCCGGCGCCCAUUCGGACAAGAAGCACGCGAUCGAGGUCCUCGAGCAGCAGCUGAUCGAGCUCCAGAACAAGAGGCACAAGACCCAUGACGACUAUGAGGAGAUCGAGGACCUCAAGGCUGCCAUCAAGUACCUGGCGGGCGUCACAGAGAUCUCUGCUCCUCCAGGGACGGGAUCAUCAUUCACCCCUGGUCGCAAGGCCAAGAGGCAGACGUUCGUCCUGCCUCCCGGGGCUGAACGGGACAAGAAGCACGCCAUCGAGCAGCUCCAGCUCCAGCUCAUACAGCUCCAGAACAAGAGGCACAAGACCCACCGCGAUUACAAAGAGAUUGACGAUCUCAAGGCGGCGAUCAAGUAUCUGGCGGGCGUGACCGAUAUCUCGGCUCCCCCCGGCACUGGCUCGACGUUUACUCCGGGCAAGAGGCAGAUCUUCACGCUCCCUCCUGGAGCCAACCCGGAGAAGAAGCAUGCCAUUGAGGAGCUCGAGCUUCAGCUGAUCGAGCUCCAGAACAAGCGCCACAAGACUGACGAUGACUACGACGAGAUCGAGGCCCUGAAGGCUGCCAUCAAGUACCUGGCAGGCGUGACGGAGAUCUCGGCGCCCCCAGGCACCGGCAGCACCUUCACUCCCGGCCGCCGGCAGACCCUCGUCGGCAGCGGCUCCGACAAGACGGCCGCCAUCGUCGAGCUCGAGAAGCAGCUCGUGGCCCUGCAGAACAAGCCCGACAAGACGGACGAGGACCUGGCCCGCAUCGCCGCCCUCAAGGCCAUGAUCGCCUACACCGAGGGCAUCUCGGGCAUCUCGGCGCCCCCCGGCACCGAGACCUCCUUCCACGGCGGCAAGGCCAGGCGCCAGACCCUGGUCCUCCCCGACGGCGACUACGCCAGCGCCUGCCCCGGCGGCCUCGAGGGCGCCGAGCGAGCCUUUGAGCGCCUCCUGCACGCCACCGGCGACCGCAAGCCGACCGUGUCCGAGUUCGUCAUCAUGAAGAAGCUCGAGCGCUUCCUCGGCGCCUGCGGCGUCAAGAUCAUCAGCUCGCCCGACGGCACCUCGACCGUCAUCUACCCGUCCGCCCGGAAGCGCGACGCCGUCGUGCCCCUGCCCGCCUUCGGCAAGCCCGCCUACGACCUCGCGGGCCUCGAGAAAGCCUACGAGCAGCUGAUGCAGGACCCGAGCCCGGAUUUCACGACCUGGAUGGCCAUGGCCCAGCUCGCCGACCUGCUCUCCGUCUGGGGCGUCAAGAUCGAGCAGUCGCCCCCCGGCACGACGACGACGCUCGUCCCGAGCAACAAGGCGCGCCAGGUCUUCACCAUCGGCGGCAAGGCCUGCGAGCUCGCCAACGUCAUGGGCAUGAAGGCGGCGCUCGCGGCGCUCGAGCUGGCCUACGGCGACCCGCGCGAGGUCGCGCGCGAGAUCUACCUCAUCGAGCAGUUCCUCGUCACGGCGCUGCAGGCCUGCGGCCACGACGUGCCCGGCUGGACCACCAUCACGCCCGGCAACCCCGUCCCCGGCGGGCCCAUCCGGCCCGACCCCUACCAGCCGGGCGGGCCCAUGAUCCCGGACCCGACCACCCCGGGCGGCGGCGAGGUCAAGCCCUCGGACAGGCGGCGGCGGCAGACCAUCGUCAUCGGCGACCCGGCGGCGCUGCUGGCGGCGCUGCACGAGCUCGAGAGCAAGUACGGCGCGUACGGCAGCGGCACCAUCCCCGGCCCCAUCUUCCUCAUCAUGCAGAACAUGGUCUUUGUCCUGCAGGACUCGGGCAUCGAGGUUCCCGGCUGGCCGGUCCUGGGCAAGGGGUCCGUCAUCAUCGGCCCGUCCAACUAG